AUGGCUCCGUUCGACUUUACCGGCGAGGUGGCCAUCGUUGCGGGCGCGGGCUCUCGCCUACCAGGCGAAAUCGGCAACGGCCGCGCCACAGCGAUCCUCCUCGCGCGACAAGGCGCCAAAGUCGCCCUGUUGGACAUCAACGAGGACUGGGCCAACGAGACAAAACGCAUGAUCGACCUCGAAGGCGGCACCAGCGUCGUCAUCCGCACGGACGUGACGGACUCGGAAUCCUGCAGAGCCGCCGUGGCGACGACGGUGGCGCACUUUGACAACUCGCCCGUGCACAUCCUGGUCAACGUCGUGGGCGUGGGCGGGGCCAUGGGCGACGCCACGACGGUCGACCUGGCCGCCUGGGACCGCGACAUGCGCAUCAACGUCACGAGUGUGGUGCUCAUGGCGCGGCACGUCAUUCCCGAAAUGCGUCGCAUCGGGCGUGGCGGCGGCGGCGGCGGCGGCGUCAUUGUCAACAUGUCGUCCGUGUCCGGGUUGCUGGGCGGCAAUCCGAGCCUGUUGUACCCGACGUCCAAGGGCGCGAUUGUGCAGAUGACGCGCGCCAUGGCCGCGCAGCAUGGCGAGGAGGGCAUCCGUGUCAAUUGCGUGUGUCCGGGAAUGGUGUACACGCCGAUGGUGCGCAGGGGCGGCGGCAUGAGUGAGGAGAUGAGACAGGCUAGGCGGAACCAGAAUAUGCUCAAGACCGAGGGCACCGCUUGGGAUGUCGGGUAUGCCGUGCUGUUCUUGUGCAGUAAGGAGGCGAAAUGGAUCACCGGGCUCAUCAUGCCUGUCGACGGCGGAACCACGGCAGGGAAGUCUGUGAGCGAUCGGCCCGCGCUCAAGGCCGAUGUCCUGGCCGAGGAGAUGACGGGGAUACCGAACAGUGCGUGA